UCGUCCUUCCAAUAUGGCGUCGCUGCUCCGACAAUUCAAGAAUCUUUCGCCAUGUAUCGGGCAAAGGCUGCUAAAGUCUACCGUGUUAAAUAUUGCGCCAGUAGUUACAUCAAAGAGAGGGGCUAAACAGUGGCAGCCUGAGCCUGAGGAUGUUGAGUGUUUCUCAAGAGCUGUUAUGUACCCUGAUGAAAUCACCUCCAAGUGGGCUGCUCCUCCUUGGGACGAUGUUGACCCAAUACCUGAAAAAAAUGUCUCCAAUCUUGUGGUGAACUUUGGCCCCCAGCAUCCUGCUGCUCAUGGUGUGCUAAGGCUAGUUCUUGAGCUUGGUGGAGAG